UUAUCUACCAUUCUUCAUCUUCUCAUUUCUCAUGUAGUCACUAGUCACUACUAUGGCCACUUUUCUUGCAAUGCUGUUCACUUCUCCUCUGCCAUUCUCAUUCUCCCCAACCCGAAACCCCAACACCCCACUUCUCCUUCUACCUCCAACACUGUUCAGAUGCUUAUGUUCUUCCACCCAUUCCCCUUCCCCUUCUCUCUCCCACGACAAAUGGGAACCUUUUCUCAAGAAAACGGUUGUAAUGAGAGUCGGAUAUGUUGGAACCGAUUAUAGAGGUCUGCAAAUUCAACGGGAUGAACACAGAUUAUCCACUAUUGAGAAAGAACUUGAAACCGCCAUCUACAAGGCUGGUGGAAUCCGCGAUAGUAACUUUGGGGACUUGGACAAGGUGAAAUGGGGUCGAAGUAGCAGAACUGAUAAAGGAGUUCACUCUCUGGCUACAAUGAUAUCCUUUAAGAUGGAAAUCCCUGAGGACGCAUGGAAAGAAGAUAGGGAUGGCGUUGUGCUUGCAAACCGCAUUAACAUUUACCUUCCUAAUACUAUCCGAGUUUUUGGCAUAUUGCCUUCAAAGAAGAGAUUUGAUCCAAGAAGAGAGUGCAACCUGCGGAAAUAUUCUUACCUUCUCCCUGCUGACAUAAUAGGAAUCCAGAGUCAUUUUAGUGAGGAUGAAAUUGAUUUUCAUAUUUCAGAAUUCAACAGUUUACUUAGUGCGUUUGAGGGAGAGCAUCCGUUCCACAAUUACACUGUUCGUUCGAAGUACAGGAAAAAACAUCAUGCUAGGAAAUCCCCAGGAAAUGGUAUCAUGUCAAACAAAACAGGAUCAUCUACUUUGGCAUCAGCUUGUGAGUCAGAGAGUGAGGAAAGCGACGUUGAUGAUUUUGUGUCAACCACUUUAGGUGAUAAAGAUCAGAGCCACGAGUCUUCAGAGUCUAGUGAAUCUAAUGAUUUUAGUCAUCAAAACUCUAGUUUAGUAGUUCGUGCAAGAUGGCUCUAUGAACCAGAUGAGGCAGAUAGAUUAAAUGUUUCCCAUUUCAGAAAGAUUUCCCAAUGUUCAUGUGGGAAAUUGCAAAGAUUACUUGGAAAGGAUUAUGUUGAGAUCAAGAUAUGGGGGGAUUCCUUCAUGUUACAUCAAAUACGGAAAAUGGUUGGGACUGCUGUUGCUGUGAAGCGCAAUUUAAUCCCAAGAGACAUCCUUUCAUUGUCACUCAUCAAGUUUACACGAAUUGUCCUCCCCCUCGCCCCGCCAGAAGUUUUGAUUUUGAGGGGAAACACUUUCAGUAUGAGAUCAAGUGCUGGGAAGUUUAUAAGGCCUGAAAUGGUGUCUCUGGUUGAAUCAGAGCCGAUUCUCAAUGAAGUUGAAGAGUUCUACACAUCUGUCAUGUUGCCUGAACUGUCAAAGUUCCUAGACUCGUCGAAGUCUCCUUGGGUGGAAUGGGUUGAGAGAUUGGACAAGUAUUCUAGCUUUGCAGAUGCUGAAUUGGAUGAAGUCAGAAUGGCUUGGAGAACAUGGAAGGAAAAUUUCAGGGCAAAAUCAGCAUCAGAUGCAUAGAACAUGUAUUCAUUUGUUAUAUGCACUUUGCUCAAUUUGUGGCCACAAUUCUGUUCUGCUUGAGGCCAAAUUUCACCUCCUUUUAUUCUUCUCCUUGCUCAAUCAUGGCAUUGAAGAGCAUCCCUAUCAUUUUCCAAGUUGUUGGGGAUGUAAGUCAUGUAGCAUUUAGUCAGGUCAAAAGAAUUAAUUAAAAAUGCAAGCUAGUAUUAAAGCAGGAGAUGUACUCAAGAAUAGAACAAGCAAUGUGUCCAGUAAAAGUUCAAAAGAUAUUACAUUUUGUAAAGGACAUCCAGAUCAGAAUCAGAAACCAAAGACAAUGUGAAAGUUAUCACUCCAAAUGUAAAUAACAGAUGGCAUCCCAAUGGCUAUGAUCAGUAAUCCAAUAUCGGUAAUUGACUCCA